AUGCCAAGCUCGAUCUUGGCCAACGACACGCCCUCGCGCCAGCGUCCGCCGUCCCUCGACUCGACCGUCCCCUCCUCGACUUCAUCUCGUCGGUCGGUUCCGGCGCCCUCCAGCCUCUUCAACCCGCUCAAGAUGCUUGGAGACAACGCCCAGCAGCUCGUCGUCGAGGCGCACCGCUCCCAGCAGACGCGGUCCCUCCUCCCGUACAACACGGCCGGCGUGCGCACCGUCAUCCGCGAGUCGCACUCGCUGUCCCAGUCGAUCGUCCAGACGGCCGCCCCCUUUGUCGGCUCGCAAGGCGUCGCCCCUACACCCGGCGUGUCCGCCGAGUUGACCGUCGCCGCCCUCGCCCUCAACCGCAACAAGCGCGCCCUGUACGUCUACCACCAGCAGCGCAUCGACGUCCUCCGCGACCGCUUCUGGGAGAGCGGCGGCGUCCUCAGCGCCGCGUUCGGCGCCGAGACCGACACGCGCAAGGCCAUGACGACGACCGACGAGGAGUUUGCCAAGGGCUACGCCGACCUGUGCCUCGCCUUCAAGACGAGCGUGUACGGUGGCGGCGGCCGAGGCGGCGCGUCGAGGGGCGACGACGAGUCGUUCCGCUUCGACGACGACGAGCGCGACCCGGACGACGACGACGACGACGACGACGAGGGCGCGACCCAGCUCAUGGACGCCGUCGACCUCCUCGGCGGCGGGACCAACCUCGCGCCGCCCAAGGAGCUCAUGGUCGACGUGCGCGUCGCGCGCGACGUCGGCGAGGUCGAGCUCCUGAGCGGGAACCGGAUCAACCUCAAGAAGGGCGCGCAGUACCACCUCGCGAGGGAGGACGUCGAGGCCAUGAUCGUCGCAGGCGACGUCGAGGUCAUCGAGUGA